AUGGCGAAAAAGGGCGGGCAGUCUACGGACAAGAAAGGUUCGGGGAAGGGCAAGAAGGAUAAUGCGGAGGAUGCGGAGGAUAAGGGCAAGUUGAAGGCGGCGACUGCCGUCAACGUGAGGCACAUCUUGUGCGAGAAGCAUUCGCGUGCGAUGGAGGCCCUCGAGAAGAUACAGGGCGGCGAGCGCUUUGACAAGGUAGCUCAAGAGUACUCUGAGGACAAGGCGAAAGCCGGAGGUAGUCUGGGCUGGAUGGUCCGAGGGUCUAUGGUGGGUCCGUUCCAGGAGGCAGCGUUCGCGUUGCAGCCCUCUUCGGUGGAUAAGCCGAUCAUGUCGUCCCUUGUGAAGACCAAUUUUGGAUACCAUAUCAUAAUGGUGGAGGGCCGGCGUUGA